GAAUCUCACUCGUUCCCUGACCUCCUCAUACUUACAAUGCAUCUCUCUCUCUCUAAAUACCCAUCUGUACUUUUUGGCUAUAUAUAACUUCCGAGGUGGGAAAUGCAAGGAAAAUUCACGGUUACUGUUCACUGGGGCGGCUCCUUGGUUCUACUCCAACCCUCUUACCCUUCACUGCCUCUCCCUAUAUAAUAACGCCCACUCUCUUACCUUGCUUUCUCCAUCACCAUUUCUUCUCUCCCUUUCUCUCUCUCUCUCUCUGUAUCUCUCCCUCUCCCUUUCUCUCUUUCUCAAGUUGUUUUUUUUUCCCUGGCGGUAGUGGUGGUAGAGGAUGGAAGUUCAAGAGGAAGUGAUGGGGUCUAAUGAUCAGACGCAUGUCAUCAAGGGCAAGCGCACCAAGCGUCAAAGGCUGUCGUCCCCACUUGCCUUAACUAUGGCAUCCAGUUCAUCUAGCGGAGAAGAAGGUGAUGGUGGUGGAAGAGUCAGUGAUAAUUCUGGUGGGGUUGAUCGAGCGACUACCUCACCUACCACCUCCACUGAUCAUGAAUUCGCCGAAAGCACGGAAGAGGAGGAAGACAUGGCCAAUUGUUUGAUUCUGUUGGCUCAAGGCCAAAGCCGGAAAGUGGCCGUGCCAGCUGCCGCUGCAACUAGUAGCAAGGCCACAGGCUUCUACGUUUAUCAGUGCAAGACGUGUUACAGAUGCUUCCCUUCAUUCCAAGCUCUGGGAGGGCACAGAGCCAGUCAUAAGAGACCUAAGGCGGUCACAGAAGAGAAGCGGACUUGGGCUUUAAUGGAGGAUGAAUAUGAUCAAUUCAACCACAACAGCACUGCCCUUUCUCUGCAAAUACCAAAUAGGGGUUUAUACAGUAAUAACAAAUCCAAGGUUCACGAGUGCUCCAUUUGCGGUGCUGAAUUCUCAUCCGGUCAAGCCUUGGGAGGUCAUAUGAGGCGGCACAGAACGUUUACAGGCCCGCCCCCUACCAUGCCUAUGGCAACCAGCAGUCCUGAGUCCCAAGAAGCCAAGAAACCCAGAAACAUACUGCAAUUGGAUCUUAAUCUUCCAGCCCCAGAAGACGAUCACCGCGAGUCCAAAUUCCCCUUUGCUACAAAAGAACAAGCUCUCGUGUUCUCCGCCUCUCCUUUGGUUGAUUGCCAUUACUAAGCUGCAACAACCCCCCAUCUUCCAUGAAUUUGUCUCAAUCGAAACAAAUGUGAAUUAUUGACAUUAUUAUAUUUCACUUAUACAGUUUCAUGAUUA